GUACUCGACAAUGAAAGUUAACAGGAAUGCAUUUAAAUCUCCUGAAUAGAAAGUGAAACUUACUGAGAUUACAUAAAUUGAGGCUUUCUCGCUGACGAGUUGCUGGUUUGAACAGCUUGGCCCUGUUAAAGCAGGAUGUCCCUGUCAUUCUUUGGUUGGGAGGUGGCCUAUGAUGAUGACUCUCCUCGUGUGGAGCUGGGGUCAGCUCAGGAGCCCAAAGACCGCGGGGUCUACACCAUGUACCACGGCACCAGCGUGGCCAACGCACGGCUCAUCAUCGCCAACGGCUUUCGACAGUCAUCAGGUGGCAUGCUGGGAAAAGGCGUGUACAUGAGCCGUGACAAGAAGAAGGCACAACGUUACCCAUUACACAGUAACGACUCAGACCGUGUGGUCCUUGAGUUGAGUGUGCGCGUUGGCCGUGUCAAGCGUAUCGAUAUAGACAACCAUCCCAUGCAAUACACCUGGAGCACACAGGGCUACGACACUGCAUGGGUGCCCCCCAAUUGUGGCAUGAAAGCCGUGCCCAGCGGCCUAGAGGAGGACUGUGUGUUUGACCCCAAAAGAGUGCAGGUGGUUGGCCUUGCUAUGGCACCAAACGCCGUUCUGGCAGAGCUUCAACAGCUCGUAGCUAACAGUCUAAGAAACCCCAGCACAGGUGGUGUUGGUGCAGCAUGGCGUGGUGGUGGUGGUGCUGCUGCUGCAGACGUGUGCUCACUGUGCAAGAGAAGGACCCAGCAGGGUUCCCCACACGUCACACAACCAUGCUGGGGCUGUGGGCACAACAUCUGCACACUCAUGACCAAACACGUGUGUCCAGCUGGCUUCUGAGAGGGUGAGAAGACCUGGAGAGUGAAACAGAUGGAAGAAUGAUGGGGAAUCCAAGACCAUCACCUAAGGAGACCAUCGAGCCUCCUUAGGUGAUGGAGGGCAAAAUCGUUUACUAGUAAAAAUUCUCAGCUCAGGGUGUAAAUCAAGCAUUCAUGCUAUCAAAAAUAAAUAAUUGACUCAAUAAUGAAUUGACAUGCAAUUAAAGGUGACAAAAAUAAUGUUAAAAAUAAAUGCAUCCAUUAAUUGGUUCAUAAUGUGUUCUAAUUUGCUUUGGCCUCUUUUUCUACCAUAGUAUGAUUUCCUCCUUAAUUUACUUUCCCAUUAGUUUAUUUGUUUUAAAUUAUACUUAUUUAUUUGUGCAAAUGAGGGGGCAGUAAUUCAGAGUGUCAGCUUUUCACCUAUCGGUUCACUGAUAUCACAGACUGACUUAGCUAACACAGAUCAGAAUAAACAUAACACUCAAAAAGACAGCCCCCAUAUUCACAUGAGGAAGCAGAAAUGCAUUAAAAAAUAAAGAACAUCAGGAAAUGAAUUACUGAAGUGAAAUACAAAGGGAAAAUAAUACAGAAAUAAAUAUAUAAAUAAAUAAGUACAAAUAAAACAUAAAUUACUGAAAAGAAAAACUGAAUGGGAAAGUAAAUAAAUCAGGGAGUUAAUAAAGUGGUAAAAAGAGAAGCAAAUUAAAACUAAUACAUCAAUUUAUGUUACUUUUAUGAACUGAUUCCUGAAUUUAUUUUUAAUAUUGUUUGUGUAGGUACUGACAUCAAUACAUUCGAGUCAUUUGGAUGGAAACGAUUCAGGCUUAUUCUAAUAAUAUAUAUUUCAUCUGAGAUGAGUUUUGAUUAUUUGCAAUCACGAUUGAAACAAUAUUUAUAUAUUGAGCAAAAUCUGUUUAUUUCAGCCAGAAUGACAUUGGUUAUUUUAUACAUUUUGAAAUAAUAUGAUGACAUAUAUGAUACCUGAACACUGCCUAGUGUAAAACCAAAGAAUAACGUAAACCCAAUAAAUGUCACAUUUAUGCUGUGAGA